CCGGUCCAGCGUCCCAGCCCGUGCGCACCUCCGAGGCGCGGAGGAGAGUCGGGGGGCCGGCACAGCUCAGUGCCAGAGGGGCUGGAGACGGCCCGUGGCGCGGACGCCGCUCCGAGCGCUGCCCUAGCCUUUCCUCGAAAGUCAGUCCGUCUUCCUUCGGACCCGGGCGUCCCAGGACCCCGGUAGCUGCAGAACUGGGGGGGCGCUCGAGCUGCGAGGAUCCGGGUUGCCCGCCAGAAGAGCGGGGGCCCAGGAUGGGGUGUGUGAAGUCCAAGUUCUUCCCGGACAGAAGCAAUAACUUGAAAACACCUCCCAGUGCUAAUCCGCACAGUCCCUUGUACGUGCCUGAUCCCACGUCGUCCAGCAAGCGGGGGCCUAAUAGUAGCGGCAGCUCACCAGGGUCCCCAGAGGGUUCUGAGGACAUCGUGGUCGCCCUAUAUGAUUAUGAAGCUAUUCACCAUGAAGACCUCAGUUUCCAGAAGGGGGAUCAGAUGGUAGUCCUGGAGGAGUCCGGGGAGUGGUGGAAGGCUCAAUCCCUGGCCACCCGGCAAGAGGGCUACAUCCCAAGCAACUAUGUUGCACGUGUUAACUCUCUGGAGACAGAAGAGUGGUUCUUCAAAGGCAUCAGCCGGAAGGAUGCAGAGCGCCACCUCCUGGCCCCUGGCAAUGUGCUGGGCUCCUUCAUGAUCCGGGACAGCGAGACCACCAAAGGGAGCUACUCUCUGUCCGUGCGAGACUACGACCCCCAGCACAGGGACGCGGUGAAACAUUACAAGAUCCGGACCCUGGACAGUGGGGGCUUCUACAUUUCCCCACGGAGCACCUUCAGCACCCUGCAGGAGCUGGUGGCCCACUACAAGAAGGGAAGUGAUGGACUCUGCCAGAAACUGACAGUCCCCUGCGUGUCCUCCAAGCCUCAGAAGCCGUGGGAGAAAGAUGCCUGGGAGAUCCCCCGGGAAUCCCUUAAACUGGAGAAGAAACUUGGAGCUGGGCAGUUUGGGGAAGUCUGGAUGGCCACCUAUAACAAGCACACCAAGGUGGCCGUGAAAACGAUGAAGCCAGGGAGCAUGUCAGUGGAGGCCUUCCUGGCAGAGGCCAAUCUGAUGAAAACUCUGCAGCACGACAAGCUGGUAAAGCUGCAUGCAGUGGUCACGGAGGAGCCCAUCUACAUCAUCACGGAGUUCAUGGCCAAAGGAAGCCUGCUGGACUUUCUGAAAAGCGAAGAAGGCAGCAAGCAGCCCUUGCCCAAGCUCAUCGACUUCUCAGCCCAGAUUGCAGAAGGAAUGGCCUUCAUUGAGAGGAGGAACUACAUCCACCGAGACCUCCGAGCUGCCAACAUCUUGGUCUCUGGAUCCCUGGUGUGCAAGAUUGCCGACUUCGGCCUGGCGCGGAUCAUUGAGGACAAUGAGUACACAGCGCGGGAAGGGGCCAAGUUCCCCAUCAAGUGGACAGCUCCAGAAGCCAUCAACUUUGGCUCCUUCACCAUCAAGUCAGAUGUCUGGUCCUUUGGUAUCCUGCUCAUGGAGAUUGUCACCUACGGCCGGAUCCCUUACCCAGGGAUGUCAAACCCGGAGGUGAUCCGAUCUCUGGAGCGUGGAUACCGGAUGCCUCGACCAGAGCACUGCCCAGAGGAGCUCUACAACAUCAUGACUCGCUGCUGGAAGAACCGCCCUGAGGAGCGGCCCACCUUCGAAUAUAUCCAGAGUGUGCUGGAAGACUUCUACACAGCCACCGAGAGCCAGUACCAGCAGCAGCCAUGAUGGGCAGGACCAGGGCAGGGCCAGGCUCCAAGGCUGUGCCUGUGACUCCAGGACUGGCUGCCAAGUCCCUACCCACCCUUCCAACUCUGCAGCAUCUGCCCUCAUUCUAACCACAGCCCUCAUCUGUCAAGUGGGCGGGGUGGACUGGACAAUCUCUUUUUGAAUCUAGCAAUCUACAAUCUGCCAUUCUCAGGAGAACCCCUGAGUUGAUAUUUCUAUUUCCUGGGACAGUUGGAUUCUAGUUAUAUCUGUGGUUUGGAUGGGGCACUUUAAAAUUAAUGAAAUAAAUAUUUAAAUAAAAGGUACUAAUGCUGGGCCUCCCUGAUGGCACAGGGGAUUGAGCGCAGUGCUUGUGAGGCUAUCCGCAGCCUUUGCUGCGUGAGUUUGAUCCCUAGCCAGCUGGGGAGCAACCCACAUGGUGCAGCAGACCUCUCCUGUCUUGCCCGCUGUUCCCCUCAGCAGUGUAUUUUGGUACAUCUGCCUGUUCUGCUCCCCACUCUCUGGUGAAUUGCCUCACCCUGGACGGUACCCCACUGCUUCACUGACAGAUUAGCUUUUUUUGUCCAGCCAGUUCCUAAAUAUCUGUUUGCCUUUUUGCUGUAAGAUAAUACCAAAAGGGGAAAGGACACUCCCAGAGGAGUGAGAUUCAAUGUUAGGAGUUUCUAACUGCCAAAAAUUGUUGCAGGCUGUAUUAUUGUUCUGUUGCUACUGUAACAAAUUGCCACAAACUUGUUGGCUUAAAAUAGGCCAAAAUUGUUAGCUCGAAGUUCCAGAGGUAAGAAGUCUGAACUGGGUUGGCAGGGCUACACACCUUCUGGAAGCUCAAGGGGAGAAUCAUGCCUCUUCAGCUUCCAGAGACUGCUUGUUCCUUGACUAGUGGUUCCUUUCUACUCUUCGCUCUAGACUCUGCUUCCAUAACCACAUCUUCCUGACUUCCAGUCUCUUGCUUCCCUCUCUCCCUGUAAGGACUACUGUAAUUACUUUGGACCCACCAGGAUAAUCCAGACUAACCUUUCCAUCUCAAGAUUCUUAAUCACACCUGCAAAAUCCUUUUGACCAUGUAAGGUAAUAUCUUCACAAACUUCAGAAAAACACGGGGAAAGGUAUAACAAACACCACAAGCAUGAACCAUGACCCCCCAAAAUGUACAAACUAGAUUUCAUUAAAAUUUAAAACUCUGCUCUGAUAAAGAUACUGUUAAGAAAAUGAAAGACAAGAUGUGAUUUAGGAGAAAAUAUUUGCAAGGACUGAUAUCCAAUAUAUACAAUGAACUCUUAAAAUUCAACAAUAAGAAAACAACCCAAUUUAAAAUUGGGGGAAAGACCCAAACAGAUACCUCACAGAAGGAGGAGAUGUGCAGGUAUCAGAUAAACUUAUGAAAAGAUGCCCACCAUCAUGUGUCAAUAGAGAAAUACAAAUUAAAACAAUGAGUUACCACCUCACACCUAUUAGAAUGGCUAAAAUCCAGAAUCCCAACAACUCCAAAUUCUGACAAGGAUGUGCAGCAACAAGAAUGUUCAUCCAUUGCUGGUGUGAAGACAAAAUGGUGAUGCCACUUUGGAGGACACUUGGCAGUUUCUUACAAAACUAAACACACUCUUGCCAUACUUCCAGCCAUGGCACUCCUUGGUAUUUACUCAAAUGAGUCGAAAGCCUAUGUCCACACAAAAACCUACACACUAAUGUUUAUAACCACUUUAUUUAUAAUUGUCGAAAGUUGAAAGCAAAUUUCAGAAAGUGAAUGAACUGUGAUAUAUCCAUAUAAUGGAAUUUUGUUUAUGAUAAAAAGAAAUGAGCUAUUAAGGGGCCUCCAUGGUGGCGCAAGGGGUUAAGCACAGCACUAUAAAGCAACCCUCAGCUUCUGCAGCACGAGUUCAAUCCCCAGCUGGCCAGGGAGCAACCCACAUGGCGCAGCAGAGCUCUCCUGUCUUGCCCACUGCUCCCCUCAGCAGUGUAUUUCAGUCAGUCUGCCU